AUGCCGUCCUUCAAGCUCGUCUUCCUGAUCGCCGUCGCCCUGCUGCUGCUUUGCCCCGCGCCUGCCGCUGCCUUUGGCGCCGGCAACAUCGCGAGCAUCUCCACCAUUGAGGGCAAGAACUGGCGCCAUGGCGACAUCGAGGACAUGCUCAAGACCGUUGCCUGUCUCAAGGGCCACAAGUGGUCUUCCAUGAUGAUCAAGCGCGUCUAUUUUGGCAACUGGCUGCGCGACUAUUCCCAGGCCGUCGACGUCGGCACUCUCAAGGGCGUCCAGGCCGACACCAUUCGCAUUCUCGUGUGGAUCCUCGCCUUCAUGUCCUUUGGCUACGCCACCAAGGAAUUCGAGGUUACCCACGAGCGUCUCGGAGUCUAUCGCCCCGAGGAGCAUAUUGAUAAUCCCAAGGACUACGCAGACAACCAAGACGCUAGGCAAUACGAUUCGCGCCUGCGUGGACCUGUAUCUCAGGACGAGCUAGCCAUAGACCCCCAGACUGGAAUGAAAAACUACAUCGCCAAUGAGCGCGGCCCAUGGGCAACGAGUGCUGGCUACAUCAGGCAUAGCUUUACUCGUGCCAUCCACUAUGGCCGCAUGUACACCCACGGCACUGGCGGCGCUAAGGGCCGCGAGGAAGAUCUCUGUGAAGCUCUCCGCUGCCUUGGUCAAGGCCUCCACUGUGUCGAGGAUUUCGGUGCUCACACUAACUACACCGAGCUCGCUCUCCGCGAGUUGGGCUUCCACAAUGUCUUCCCCCACACUGGUACCUCCACUCAACUCAAUCUUCAUGGGAAGCAUGUCUUCCCACUCGUCACUGGUACCUUCGGCGGCGUCGAUUUCCUGCACUCCGUCUUGGGCGAGGCCACGGAUCACUUCACCCAAUCCAACGUCGAUACCUCGGAGAUCGAUGAGUUGAACGUCCAACUCGGAAAUGCCUCCGGAACUUCGGGGAAGCGCUCUGGCAGCGGGGGUUCUGCUGGUGGAGAUGUCGAAGCUUUGACUAGCCUCCUAAGCAAGAUCCCUGGCACUGGCUCUCUCUGCAAAGAGGCUGCCCAGCUCAAGGCCUCAUCAGACGCCCAGGCCGCUGAAAAUGCCCGCAUCAGCGGCGGUGGUCAUAGCAGCUCUCGUGCUGACCCCACAUUCUCGGCUCCUCCUGGAUCGGUUGGAGGCCCUCCUGGCCCUGGCAUCCCGGGUAUGAGCCCUGAUUUCGAUCCCCAGUCUGUGGUUCCCAAGAUCUAUCCCAUCCUGGAGUUCCGUGACAAGGUAGUCCGUGCUAUCAGCAGCGUCAUUUCCAAGAUCCCAGGCCUCGAGGCUGUUGUUGAAAAAAUCUCAGAGCGUGUGACUAUGUUCGUUUUCGCUCUGCUGGCUCCAUUCGUUCAACCUAUCAUUGCUGCUGCUUCAAAGCAGCUCAAGACCGGUUCGUCUGCGGUCAUCGACGCCAGCGGCAAGCAUCAGUACGAACCUUGGACCGACCCUUACUGCACCGAUCCGACGCACUCCCUUUUAUCCAAGGACCACUUUUCCAACGUCCUUAACGAGCCGGCUGGUCAGAUCGCUUCUACCAUCUUGCAGUACAUUGCUCCACGUGUCAUUUAUGCCAUGGACCAUCCCAAUGUGCCUGUGGACGAGGUGCUCAACGACGUUGUGCGUGUCUUCCAUCACCCUGCAGCACGCGAUCGUCAUUGCGAGCUGCAUCGCGACAUGUACUCCGUUGUUGAGAAGUGGGUGCACUCCCGUUCUGAUAGAGGCCAUGGCCUCAACAACAUUCUUAGCUCCGAAUCUGUCCGUGCCGGCAAGAAUCACACCGGCGAGCAGGGAGGACACGGGCACGGAGGCCAUGGCCACGGUGGCCAUGGAGGUCCCGCUGCUCACACUAGUUCGAGUAGUGGCAGUGGUGGCUUUGGCAACUUCGGUGGCCUGGCGAACCUUGGAGGUUCCGGAGGAGGGAGUUCAAGCAGCGGUGUUGGAGGUCUGCUCGGCAACAUCGGAAAGUUGACUGGUGGGAGCAACCCGCUUAGCAGCUUCCUGGGUGGCAGUGGCGGAAAACGUGAAGUUGAUUCGCCGCCACAGUCAUACAGUCCUGGCCCUUCUCAAAACCAAGCCAACUUCCACCCCUACGGAGAACAUUAUUCUCAAUCCCCUGGUCCGCAUGGCUACCAGUAUCAGCAGGAGGCGCCGUUGCCGCCCGGUCCACCGCAGGCCAACCCGGCAGAUCCGUACGCCUUCCCAAGCCAGUAUCAACAGGGCUGGCAAGAUGGUGGACCACAAGGCGCGCCUUACGGUCAACAACCUCCCCCGCCUCACGGUGGCUAUGGCGGUCCACCUCCGGGUCCGUACGGCCAGCAGGGGCAGUGGGGCCAGCAGCCGCCUCCCCCAUCAGGAGGUUACUGGGGUGGCCAGUACUAG